AUGCCAGGUCCAAAAGGACUUCCUUUCAUUGGUAAUCUACUUGAUAUGACAAGAGCGUCAAAGAACAUUCAGGGCUUUUUCACACAAUGUGUGAAAGAACAUGGCGAAGUUGUGAAGCUAACAGCUCUCAACAACAAGAUGGUCAUCCUAUCAAACCCAGAGCUCUUCAAAGAACUGGCCAAGCUCGAUGAAGGAAGAAUAACCAUGGAGGUCUUACGAAAAGUAAAAGUAGAUACUGGUAUGAUGAUGAUCCCUGUUGAAAAUUACAAUCACGAAAAUUGGCAAGAUGUAAGGGCUGUUUUGAAUGUCGCAAUGCGACCAGAUGUAGCUGAUAAAGUUGUGCUGCCACAACUAUCAGAGUUGGGAAGUGACUUUGUGAAGUCAUUGAUUAACAAUCUAGAAACGAUUGUUAAUGAUCAACAUGGUACUGAAGAAGGAUAUUAG